AUGACCAUGAACGGCAAGCAGCACUUCUCCAUGCAUCCGGCCCUGCACGAGCCCAAGUACCCCGGCCUGCACUCAGGCUCGGAGGGCAUGCGCAGAGUCUGUCUGCCCGCCCCGCAGCUGCAGGGCAAUAUAUUCGGAGGCUUUGAUGAGAGCCUGCUGGCGCGCGCAGAAGCUCUGGCGGCUGCUGACAGCAUCGUCUCUCAAGGCAAGAGCCACGCGUUCAAAGCAGACGUGACGUACCAUACCAUGAGCAGUGUCCCCUGCACCUCAGCCUCCUCUUCCUCCUCCACCGCCGUGCCCAUCUCCCACCACCACCAUCACCACCACCUCGGACAGAGCCUGGAGGCCGGGGACCUCCUGGACCACCUCUCCAGCAGCCUGGCUGUGACCGGGAUGGGCGCUCCGGAGCCUCCCGGGAUGACCACGUCGACGCACCAUCACCACCACCAGCAUCACGCCCACCACCACCUGCAGACCAUGGGCCAGCUGCACCAAGCCAUGGCCACCAUGGCCCACCCUCACUCCCUGUCCGUGCACGGCGGCAUGGCGUGCGUCAGCGACGUGGAGUCGGAUCCCCGGGAGCUGGAAGCCUUCGCGGAGCGCUUCAAGCAGAGGCGCAUCAAGCUGGGCGUGACGCAGGCGGACGUGGGCGCAGCGCUGGCCAACCUCAAGAUCCCCGGCGUGGGCUCGCUGAGCCAGAGCACCAUCUGCCGGUUCGAGUCCCUCACGCUGUCCCACAACAACAUGAUCGCGCUGAAGCCGGUGCUGCAGGCCUGGCUGGAGGAGGCGGAGGCCGCGCACCGGGAGAGGAGCAGCAAGCCGGACGUGUUCAACGGCAGCGAGCGCAAGAGGAAGCGCACGUCCAUCGCCGCGCCGGAGAAGCGCUCCCUGGAGGCGUACUUCGCCAUCCAGCCGCGGCCCUCCUCGGAGAAGAUCGCAGCCAUCGCGGAGAAACUGGACCUGAAAAAGAACGUGGUUCGAGUGUGGUUCUGCAACCAGCGGCAGAAACAGAAACGAAUGAAAUACUCCGCGGUGCACUGACUUGUUUCCUCCUCUUCCCCCCCUCCU